AAGGGUCUCUGUGCAGAAACAGGAAUGGAUUUCCCUGAGGCAGAGAGGACUCCAUUGGACCCCAGGCAGAGGCCGCUGGGGGAUGGAAUCAUGUCAGCAAGACCUACUAAAUCAUAUCCCCUUUCUGGUGGAGGAGAAGCUGUUGCUAUCGCCCCAGAUCAGGAUCCAGUGUCUUUGGAGGAUGUGGCUGUGCAGUUCACGGAAGAGGAGUGGGCUUUGCUGAAUCCUGACCAGAGAGCUCUGCAUAGCGAAGUCAUGGAGGGGAUUUGUGGGACUCUGUCCUGUCUUGAAGAUGGUGAGUGGAAAGCCAAGAGGAAGGGAGAACUAUGUGGGCAAGAGAGAUGGAAAAGAGACAGAUCUGAAAAGAGGGAAGAGCAGAGAAGGAAACCUGAAGCAGAAGAGAAAAGAAGGAAUAAAUCUUGCGCUUCUCAGGUCAGUGGCUACCAUAAAACUGCCAUCCGAGAAAAAACAGAUCAAGGAAGAAAAAGAAAUAAAUAUUUUCAUUGUUCGAAAAGUCUGAAUUCUAAAAGAAAGUGUAAAAAAGCCCACUACAAUAACCAGAAAAGGGAGAAAGCAUAUCAAUGUUUGGAAUGUGAAAGGAGGUUUAGCUGCAAGGCAAGUCUCAUUUUGCAUCAAAGAAUGCACACCGGUGAGAAACCAUAUAAGUGCUUAGAAUGUGGAAAGAGCUUCUGUCAGAAUAGCAAUCUGACUUCCCAUCAAAGAAUUCACACUGGAGAGAAACCAUAUAAGUGCUUGGAAUGUGGAAAGAGCUUUCGUCGGAAGAUACAUCUGAAUUUCCAUCAAAGAAUUCACACUGGGGAGAAACCUUUUAAGUGCUUGGAAUGUGGAAAGAGCUUCCACUGGAAAAACUUACUCACUGCCCAUCAAAGUAUUCACACUGGAGAGAAACCAUAUAAGUGCUUGGAAUGUGGAAAGAGCUUUCGUCGGAAGAUACAUCUGAAUUUCCAUCAAAGAAUUCACACUGGGGAGAAACCUUUUAAGUGCUUGGAAUGUGGAAAGAGCUUCCACUGGAAAAACUUACUCACUGCCCAUCAAAGUAUUCACACUGGAGAGAAACCAUAUAAGUGCCUAGAAUGUGGAAAGAGCUUCUGUCAGAAUAGCAAUCUGACUUGCCAUCAAAGAAUUCACAUGGGGGAGAAACCUUUUAACUGCUUGGAAUGUGGAAAGAGCUUCCAUCAGAAGAUACAUCUGACUUUCCAUCAAAGAAUUCACAUGGGGGAGAAACCUUUUAAGUGCUUGGAAUGUGGAAAGAGCUUCAACUGGAAAAACUUACUCACUGCCCAUCAAAGUAAUCACACUGGAGAGAAACCGUAUAAAUGCUUGGAAUGUGGAAAGAGCUUCAGAUGGGAAGUGCAAUUCACUGCCCAUCAAAGAACUCACACUGGGGAGAAACCAUAUAAGUGCUUAGAAUGUGGAAAGAGCUUCAGUAGGAAACAGCAACUCACUGCCCAUCAAAGUAUCCACACUGGGGAGAAACCAUAUCAGUGCUUAGAAUGUGGAAAGAACUUCAGUAGGAAACAGCAACUCACUGCCCAUCAAAGUAUUCACACUGGGGAGAAACCAUAUCAGUGCUUAGAAUGUGGAAAGAGCUUCCGUCAGAAGACAAAUCUGACUUUCCAUCAAAUAAUUCACACUGGGGAGAAACCAUAUCAGUGCUUAGAAUGUGGAAAGAGCUUCCGUCAGAAGACAAAUCUGACUUUCCAUCAAAGAAUUCACACUGGGGAGAAACCAUAUAAGUGCUUAGAAUGUGGAAAGAGCUUCAGUAGGAAAAACCAACUCACUGCCCAUCAAAGAAUUCACACCGGAGAGAAACCAUAUAAGUGCUUAGAAUGUGGAAAGAGCUUCAGUAGGAAACAGCAACUCACUGCCCAUCAAAGUAUUCACACUGGGGAGAAACCACAUAGAUGCCUGGAAUGUGGAAAGUGCUUUACUAGAAAUUUCUCUCUAACUUUGCAUCAAAGAAUUCACACCGGAGAGAAACCAUAUAAGUGCUUAGAAUGUGGAAAGAGCUUCAGUAGGAAAAACCAACUCACUUCCCAUCAAAGUAUUCACACUGGGGAGAAAACGUAUAAAUGCUUGGAAUGUGGAAAGAGCUUCUUUUGCAAAGAGCAACUCUCUCCCCAUCAAAGAAUUCACACCGGAGCGAAAGCAUAUAAGUGCUUAGAAUGUGGAAAGAGCUUCAGUAGAAAACAGAAACUCACUGACCAUCAAAGUAUUCACACUGGGGAGAAGCCAUAUAAGUGCUUAGAAUGUGGAAAAAGCUUCCACCAGAAGAUAAAUCUGACUUCCCAUCAAAGAACUCACACUGGGGAGAAACCAUAUAAGUGCUUAGAAUGUGGAAAGAGCUUCCGUUGGAAACAGCAACUCACUCCUCAUCAAAGUAUUCACACUGGGGAGAAACCAUAUAAGUGCUUAGAAUGUGGAAAGAGCUUCAGUAGGAAACAGCAACUCACUGCCCAUCAAAGUAUUCACACUGGGGAGAAACCGUGUAAGUGCUUAGAAUGUGGAAAGAGCUUCAUUUGCAAAGAGCAACUCACUCCCCAUCAAAGAAUUCACAGAGGAGAGAAACCAUAGA